GUUCAGUUGAUUUAAGAGCCUUGUACAUCCCACCCCCCCUCUCUCUCUCAUCAAGAUCCAUCUUUAUGUUCAUACCCGUUGACCCAUAUCAAACCCUAAAAAACCCAAAUCAAUUUCAAACUAAUUCAGAUUCAGAUCUUCAAGAUCUGUCAAUUUAGACUCUCAGAUCUCACCCUGUUUCAUAAAGAUCUGGUUGAAUUCUUGAAAAAAAGUGAAUACCCAUCAGUAAAAAUUGAAUCUUUAAGAUGUCUAUUGUGUUGCCAAAAAGUGACUCUGUUCAGAUUAGAGAGGUGUGGAAUGAUAAUCUUGUGGAAGAGUUUGCUUUGAUUAGACAGAUUGUUGAUGAUUACCCUUAUAUCGCAAUGGAUACCGAGUUUCCGGGUGUUGUUCUUCGUCCAUUGGCACACUUCAAGAAUAUUAAUGACUAUAAUUAUGUGACUUUGAAGGAUAAUGUUGAUAUGUUGAAGUUGAUUCAGUUGGGUCUCACUUUUUCUGAUGAGGAUGGGAAUUUACCGACUUGCGGCACCGAUAAGCCGUGCAUUUGGCAGUUUAAUUUCCGCGAGUUUAAUGUUAAUGAAGAUAUCUUUGCGAAUGAUUCGAUUGAGAUGUUGAAGCAGUGUGGGAUUGAUUUUAAGAAGAAUAGUGAGAUGGGUAUUGAUGCGAAUCGGUUUGGGGAGCUUUUGAUGUCUUCUGGUGUCGUGUUGAAUGAUAAUAUCUGUUGGGUUACUUUUCAUAGCGGGUAUGAUUUCGGGUACUUGCUUAAGUUGUUGACUUGUAAAGAAUUGCCUAAAUCGCAAACAGGGUUCUUUGAUCUGAUCAAGAUUUAUUUUCCGAUUAUUUAUGAUAUCAAACAUUUGAUGAGGUUCUGUAACCAUCUUCAUGGUGGACUGAACAAGCUUGCGGAGAUCUUGGAAGUUGAAAGGAUCGGUGUUUGUCAUCAGGCAGGGUCGGAUAGUUUGCUUACUUCUCAUGCGUUUAAGAAGUUGAAAGAAGGUUACUUUAAUGGGAACACGGAGAAGUAUGCUGGCGUGUUGUACGGUUUAGGGGUUGAAGAUGGUGAAAAAUAAGUAGGGGAUGUAAUUUGUGAGAGUCGAGUUGUUUGUGAUUUAGUAUGGUUUCGUGUUUAAAUCUUGUGUACACAAUUGGCAAAAAGAGUUGUUGCCUGUUUGAUGGUCUUUUUUUUUUUCGGAUCGUUUUAUGUAACCAAAUACCUCAAGGGUCUUGUAGUUUGAGUACUGUAAAUUAUUACAGUUAGUGUUUUAAUAACAAUCUUAACCUUUUACUUUG